GUUUUAGUUUGUUUUUUAAUUUUAAUUUGUUCCUUAAAAUUCAUGAUCAGAAUACAUGUGGAUGUUAUUACUAUUUCACAAUCCAGAUCGAGAUCAAGAGAAAGAAGAAGAUCUAGAGAUAGGGACAGGGAACGUGAGCGUGAUCGUGAUCGUGAAAGAGACAGAGAUCGUGAAAGGUUUAGAUCACGUUCUAGAUCAAGAGACCGUGACCGAGGGCGUGAUAGGGGUGGACGUGGAGGUGACCGAGGUGCUAUAAGAGGCAGGGGAGGGCAACCAGGUUCUGCUCUACGAAGACCUCAUUGGGAUCUUGGGAGAUUAGAACCCUUCAAAAAGAACUUCUACACACCUCAUGAAGAUGUUCAAGCCAGGCGUAAAGAAGAUAUUGAUGCGUACCGCGAUGCUAAGGAGAUAACUUUGAAGGGAAAGGAUGUUCCUCAUCCAGUAUGGUCAUUUGACGAAGCCGGAUUUCCUGAAAAUAUCCUGAAAGUGCUGAAAAAGCAGGGGUUUAAAGACCCGACCGCUAUUCAAGCUCAAGGGUGGCCGAUAGCAUUGUCAGGUAGAGAUAUGGUUGGUAUAGCGUCAACAGGUUCUGGAAAAACACUUUCUUAUAUAUUACCAGCUCUAGUUCAUAUUGAAGCACAAGAACCCCUGCGACGUGGGGAUGGCCCAAUCGCAUUAGUCUUAUCUCCUACUAGGGAGCUUGCUCAGCAAAUUCAGACAGUCUGUAAUGAUAUCGGCGAUGCGAUAGAUAUCACUAACACGUGUGUAUUUGGAGGAGCUCCUAAAUCAGUUCAGGCACGGGAACUAAAAAGAGGUGUAGAAAUUGUAAUUGCUACACCAGGUCGUUUGUUGGACUUCCUCGAAUCAAGGGAAACUGAUUUAAAAAGGUGUACUUAUUUAGUUCUUGACGAAGCAGAUCGAAUGCUUGAUAUGGGUUUUGAGCCACAGAUCAGAAAAAUAAUUGAACAGAUAAGGCCUGAUCGACAAGUUUUAAUGUGGUCCGCAACUUGGCCUAAAGAAGUUCAGGCACUUGCAGAGGAAUUUCUUAAGGAUUAUAUUCAGGUUAAUGUUGGUUCACUUCAACUCUCUGCCAAUCACAAUAUUCUGCAAAUCGUUGACGUUUGUCAAGAACAUGAAAAAGAACAAAAACUUUGCACGCUUUUGAAAGAAAUAAUGCAAGAGAAAGAAAACAAGACGAUUGUUUUCAUCGAAACCAAGAGACGUGUCGAUGAAAUAACUCGACGGAUCAUACGUGAUGGGUAUGAUGCAGUGUGUAUACAUGGUGACAAGAAACAGUCAGAAAGAGAUUACGUAUUAAAAGACUUUAGGAAUGGGCGAAGCCCCAUUCUUGUGGCUACUGAUGUCGCAGCUAGAGGACUUGAUGUGGAAGAUGUCAAGUUUGUCAUCAAUUUUGAUUUUCCCAACAACUCGGAGGAUUACGUUCACCGUAUCGGCAGGACUGGUAGAUCGAAGCGUACAGGGACCGCCUACACCUUCUUUACGAGAAGUAAUGCCAAACAGGCUGCAGAAUUGGUAGCUGUAUUGAAGGAGGCAAACCAGACGAUAAAUCCCAAACUGGAGGACCUGGCAGAUAGCUAUAGGGGUGGAGGAGGCAGGAGAAGAGGAGGCUUUCGUAAUCGAGGAGGUCGAAAAUCCAGGAGUAGAAGUCCCCUUAGGUCUCGAACCAGAUCGCCAACACCUAGAAGAAGAUCACCUAGGCGGAGAUCUCCUCGAAGGCGUUCCCCAAGGAGGAGGUCUCGUACUGAUUCACCUCGUUCUCCAUCAGGCAAGUGUGAGGAGAAGAACUCACAGUCGGAGUCAGAUGAGAGGAAGCUCGCGCAGGCCCUUAUCAACAUUAUAGGGGGCCCUCGCGCAGAUACGGGGGGUCAGGACAAUAUUAAUUUGAGUGGAGAAAAGGAACCUGUUGCUCUCAGUCAGAAAGAAGAGCAGCCUGUAGAGGAGGCUAAGCCCUUAAGCAUUGCACCUUUAGAUUCAAAUUCUGUAUUUGAUCAAAUUAAUGAACAUAAUAUUGACAAUGAAGAAAGAAAAGAAAAUGGUUAUUCAUCUCCCUCUCCAAAGAAAUCGCUAUCAGAGGAUCAUGAUCAACUUGAUGGAUCCUCAUUAAAUAACCCAAACUUAAAAGAUACCAAAGAUGAAUCUGAGUCUGUAGAUGGUGGUGUAAAAGAAAAUCAAACUGACUUAGAAUCAAAUGAGCCAAAAAUUGAUUGUGUUGAGUCAGAAGAAGCUAACAACCAAAUUAAUGGUUCUAUUAACCCAAUUCUCUCAGACAAACAAGAAAAUAGUGAGUCAUCUUCGAAUUUUGUUCCUUUGGAUCAAACAAAUAAUUCAAGUCAUUUAAUGGAAGCAGUAGCUGAAAAACAACUUCAGAAUAACACUGUAAAUGAAGCUGAUUCUCAGACAAACAGUGCCAAAACUAAUGGUUCCAAUUCAGAUCCACCAAGUGAUUCAAGCACUGUUACAAAUACUGAGCAAUCAAUAAGUGCUCAUGAGGCUGUUUCAAAUGUGAAUGCACCACCUCAAGAGCAGCAAAAUAGGCACCGAACAGGAGGACCCCCUCCACAGCUUGAGCCGCAUCAUAUGAGUGGGUCCAACAACCAUGGAAACAUGAUGAGUAUUCCUCCUGACCAUAUGAGGCAAAUGAUGAUGGGUGGUCAACAAGAGCAUCAGUUGGGUAAUCAUGGGCAACCUAGGCACCCUUUGAACAAUGGUGUACAAGAUCUACCAAGACAUAUGAUGAAUGUUCCACAACACGAUCCAUCUAGAAUGAUGGGUAUUCAACAAAAUGAGGGACAUCAUUUUCAAAUAAGGCAUAUGGGUCCACCACCAAUGGAUCCCAACCAAAGAAAUCCAAUGGGAGUUCACAUUCAGAGAGGUAUGGUUGGCAUGCAUCAGGAACCGCCUAGGAUGAUGGGAGGACCUCAGAAUAAUGGUCACAUGCCAAGAAUGGGUUUUCCUCAUGACGGUUUUAUGGCAGGUCCACAGGAUCAAAGGUUUAUGGGCAUGCCUCAUCAAGAUCAAAGACAUAAUGGAUUCGAUAGAACUCCUAGGCACAUUGGAGAUGGCAGGGGGAUGAUGGGAGGAGGUGAACCACCUCGUUUUAUGAUGGGUGGAUUCCCUCCUCCAACACUCCAUGAGCAGCAUUAUUACCCUCCGCCAAACAAUGGUGGGCAAUAUAACCCUGAGCUUCUGAAGCAGCUGCCUGAUAAGACUGGGCAACCUCCUCCUCCAUUCUUUCAGCCACAACAGCAAUGGCAGUGGUCUGGCCCCCCACUUCCGGAGAGCAUCCUCUUCCAACCACCGCCUCCGCCUCCGCCAUCUUAAAUACCACUUCUCUCACUGUCUUUUAUAUAUUAAUGGUGAUGUACAUUCUGGUAAGACUCGGGACUGGGCCGUGGAAAGGUAAUCCUUCGCAUGACCCAUUAUCAACUUUAUGACCAGCCCGAGUCACGAACUGUUGUCUAAAUACAUUUUAAGUUUUACAUUCUUCCAUCGAAGAAAUAUAUUUUUUUUAAACCUUCUCUCACUCAGAUAUAUGGUCUCUUAUAUUUGUACAAUAAAGCCUAAGAAUCUUAGUUCAUUAUAAUAAUUGUGAUAUUUUCUCCUAACUAUAUUUGCUUUCUUUUGUAUUAAUAAUUAUUGUGAACAAUUUUUUUUUUUUUUUUUUGGACUUAUUUAAUAUGUAUAAAGUGUAUAUUGUUUUCCUUUAUUCGCUUGACUUAAAUAAUGCUGUAAAUAUUUAUUAUAUAUAGUUACUGUCGAUAGAAAUAUACAUAAACGAAUUAAUAGUCUGUAAAUUUUGUAAUAACUUAUCUUGGCAUUCCAUUCAUAGCAAGAAUUACUUCAAAUCUUUAAUAUGUUAGUUAAGCUAUGAUAGAUGCACUCUCCGUACUUGCUUUUUCAUAUAUUGUAAUUUAUUAUUAGAGCCAUUAAAAAAUUAAAUAAUUUAUAUUAAAUAAUUUUAAUUUAUUAUGCGUUAAAAUUUUGCCUUUUUCAAACAAAAGGUAAUUAUUUAAUUUUUUUUAUUGGUUUGUAUUUAAAAGUUUUUAGUGAUACUAGUUUAAUAUUUAUCACACAAGGCUAUAUUAAUUUUGUGUUAGUUCUAUAUAUUCACAUUAUAUAGAUAAUGGUGCAAUUUUUUUGUUUGUAAAUAAAUUACUUGAAAGCAUUAAUGAAAUGACUACGUCUAAAACUCUUAAUUU